AUGAGCGAUACACAACAACAAGGGUCACAACAAAUACCCCAACAACAGCAACCUCAACAACAGGAUGAUGAUGAUGAUAUUAUACCAUCACAACUUAAUCAUAUAGAUGAUGAUGCUACACCACUUAAGAUACUGGUCAUUGGUGAAGCUGCUUGCGGAAAGACCAGCAUCAUUAACAAAUACGUACUAAACAAGUUCCUUCCCAAGUACAAAGUUACUAUGGGAUUGGACUUCUUCUCAAAGACUAUAAAUGUUGAUGAUACCAAGGUGUGUCUAUCACUUUGGGAUGUUGCAGGACAAGAGCGAUUCCAUCAUAUGAUUAGAUCAUACUUUAAGAAUGCUAAUGGAGCGAUCAUUGUAUUCGAUUCAACGCGUAUCUUACCAACAUUGAACUCUGCGUCAAAGUGGAAGUUGGAGUUGGACUGUUGCUUCCCUGAGGAGAAGUCGAUCCCAUGUAUAUUGUUAGCGAAUAAGAGCGACUUGUUUAAUAAGAGCAACGAGGAGGUGUUGGCACAGCAAUGCGAGGAGUUCUGUCAGGAGAACUCGAUCAACAAAUGGUUCUUGACAUCGGCCAAGGAGGGCACGGGUCUGGAAGAGUCCAUCGAGUAUCUGACGCGUUUGAUAUUGGACUCUAGCAAGAAUGGCACGGCGCCACCACCGACACCCACCGACAAGAACACCAUCAAGUUGUCUGCGUUAUGGUUCCGUCCUUCCAUUGUCUGGCUGGCGUCCAUAACCCGAUCAACCCCUUGGGACCCAAGGUGCACUGCGCGUUUAUAUACACGACCCUACUACCUACUAUGGUUCGUGUAUUUACCAAGUGAUUGUGAUUGCUGGCUGGCUUGCCACAUUGUUGCACGACCACCAUGUGUCGUGUUUAGACAGCAGCCGUCAGUUGGCAUCACA